AUGUUUAUAUCAGGCAGUAACGAUCAGAGUCCAAUUCGUUCCGGCAGACUAGCGGUGGUAGGGCAUUGCAGGGCUCGGAGGGGGGAGGCUAUCGUGGCGCCACUUCAAGCAGCUCCCUUAUGGGCAGCUCCAGCAUCUCUGCCCACCCCCUCCUGCCCCUCGGCGACCCCGCAAUUCCUAGAACUGCUGGUCCACGUAGUUUCUCAGCUCAAGGGGCGAGAGACGGUUGCGACUCUCGUCACGGAAGGACCGCAGUGCACAACUCUGGGAACCCCGGCUCUGUCUCUGUCAUGCGGCUCGAUGACACUGGAUUCUCCGACGACUGUGACGAGUGUCUCGAUGGGAGGGACGAGUCACCGUCGCGACGACACAGCUACGUCCUUUCGGACGCUCACCUCUAUCGACGUGCAUUCGCCUGCCAGCCCGAGCCAGGUCCCAGUUCAGCGACAAUCGCAUGCUACCAGUCAACAGCGGAUUACAACAGCAGGUCGUAUCAGCCCCUCUAACAGCGUAUCUUCCCCUGAAUUCCCACCGCCGCGACCUUUGCCCCGAUAUCCUUGGCAGCGAUCGGCUAGCUGCCGUGAAUUGUACGCUUCCAGCUUCGAGGAUUCGGGCAAAGCGCGACCGAAAGAGGCGAAAUCCUCCGGGGAAUCGGUCUUAACGACAUUCCAACUGCCAUCCCAAGGAGAACUUGAUAAUCCCGUCACGCGGUAUGACGAGACCCAGCGCUCCUACAGUGCCGCGAGCUCCAAAUUACCCUCACUUGAUCACGAUUCAGUCCCGGAUCGAAUUUACAGCAGUUCGUAUCCCGGAACAUCGUCAUUGUCUACCGAGUCCGGACACGAGGAGUCCGGUCAGGUGGGAGAUCUCUCUCACGAUGAUCUCUCACACGAUUCCUACGAGUUGUUGGAGCGAGAGCAUGAAUUUGAAUAUCCAGAAUCCUACUCCAGUCCCCAUGAUGAGAAUGAACCGAUGUCUGACAAUAGUGACGAAGGAAUCGAGCCCGAGAUGUUCCAAAUGGACUCCGAGACUGAUUCCUUCGUCAAGCAUCGCUCGAUUAAAUCCACCGAUAAACAGCUAUUCAAAUCCGUGCUCACUGACCUUAAGAAUAUUAAAACCAAGUCCAUCGAUCGGUACUCAGCCAUUGCGAAAUCAGAAGGUGAAUUUGUCAUCACUGAGUCUAGGAUUCAAAGAUCAAACACACAGAUUGAACGUAAAUUUGAGACGAGACACGCAAAUUCGGUUGAAAAUAAACCCCCGCUUCCGCAUCAGGAUUCGAAUAAAAAAGACCCGGUGAUAUUACAGGUUCAGAAGCAAAAAAUGACUGUAUUGAAUGAGUUGAAGAGCCUGAAGCCGAAACAUAAAAUGACUCAUGUCGACUCAGAGGUUUUGCGAGAUGAGGGAAUCAUGAGACCAAAGUCGCGAAUCGAUGAUAGUCUCAGCCCUGUCGAGAAUAAAAAAUCUGUUAGGACAGUAAGAGCAAAAAGUAUUGCGAGUUUAGAGGAAAAUUCGUCGCGGAUGUUUGUGGAAACCGGUAGCUUAGGGCGAGGUAAUAAAUCUCGGGAUAGAAGGCGCGAGGCGGAAGCGAUAGUAGAUAAGGUCUUUUCCAAGAUACAAGAGAAGGAGCGAAAGCGAAUUGAGAGGGAGAAUUCGAGAGAGGCUAGGAGGAUGGAAAAAGUCGAUUCUAGGGAACGAAGAGAACGUAGGAGUAUCGAUCGGUUAGAUUCGCGGGAGAUUUAUAGGCGACGUAGUGUCGAGCGGGAUGACGUUUUUGAAUUGCGAAGAAGUAUUGAGAGGCUAGAUACAAGGGAAAGAAGUUGCGAUCAGUUGGACUUUUACCGAAGUGAUUAUAGUGAAAAUGUUGAGCAGGAGAGACGUAAAAGUCUUGACAAUUUGGAUAGGGUCCAUAGAGAAAAGAGUCAUCGUCAACAGGAGACUAGAGAACGUAGAGAGAGGAGCAUUGAACGACUCGAUCGCGAGUUGCGAAAAAGUCCGAAGAGUCCCAAGGGUCUAAAAAGUCCUAAGAGUCCCUUAGAUUAUAGUCAGAGACACACUUUGGAGCGUUUAGAUUCUGGCAACAAAAGUCCCUUCGAGUAUUUGAAGGAAUCGAGGCGUAAAAGCGUUGAAAGGUUGGACUCUAGGGAUCGUCCGACAUUUGAUUUUGAUCCUGCUGCUAUUGAACGGAUGAGUUCUCUAGAACAAAGUUAUGUUGAGCAAUUUAGUACCAAAGAGAGCAAACCGGAUCGGAAGAGUCUCGAGAAAUUGGACUCGCGUGAGCGGAAGAGUCUGGAUCGGUUUGAUUCGAAAGAGAACAAGAGUUUUGAUAACGUGGAACAGCGAGAAGAUUACGAGAGAAAGAAAAAUAUUGAGAAGCUUGAUUAUAGGGACACGAGGAGGAACGGGAAGAUGGAGAAGGGAAUUUCCGAGGAGAAGCCAAGGGAAAGAGAUGAUUGGAGAAGUUUGGAGAAAGCUAGGAAGGAAAAUGAAAGGCGAGAGAAGGAGCGUCAGAAAUUCUCAAUUGAUUCGCGAACAGAAACUGUGAUAGGUGUUCCUAAUGAAAUAGAGAUUUCGAAACCGAAGACAGUAUUCACUGAGUACGAUCCGAAGAUAAUUGGAGGGAUCGUUGUCGGAUUUGAUGAUUCCAACUUGCCCGGCCAUGUUUCUGUUGAACGCACAAAAAGUGAUCCUAAUCCUGCUAGAUCUAGAAUAGGUUCCAACAGCAAGAGACACAUGCUUAUGCACCAAAAGUCGAUAGAUCUCACACCAGCCGAUUCCGGCGAUGAAGACGCAUUUACUGAUGGAGUAGGUGCUCAGAAACCCGUCGUUGACAUCCCCUAUACUUUGCACAAACGACAUGUGAUGAAUGGUACUGCCUCUGAUGAGAAAUCUGAAUCGGAUAGUGGCAAAAUUUGCAAGGUGAAGACCCUUGCGAAGGAAUUGCCGCAGUUGCCUUUAAAGACAGUUACAGAUAUGACUUGUAUAGACUUAUCAAAACUUCCACCAAUAGAUAAACCCAUCGCCAAAUUAUCCCCCGAAAAACCCAGAAGUAUUUUAGUAAGUCCCGAUAAACCAAAGUCAAUUUUAAGUUCCUUAGAUAAAUCUAAGAGUAAUUUAAGCUCGGGCUCAAAACGAUCACCGACAGAGCGUAAGACAUUUGUUUACAAUUUGUCACCAACUGAUAGGAGCCCCACGAAAUUUACUGGAAAGGGUCCAUCGCCCAAUCGACUCUUUCCAAAGACCAUGUCCUUAGAUCGAGGCAAAUCCGAUGCUUCCUUAGGUGAUAGAACCUAUACAAAGUACUCGAGUCUCGAUAAAAAGUCUUCCAAGUUAUCCACCACUGAACCGAUAGUUACGAUUGUUUCAGUUAUUGAGAAAAGAUCACCGAAGAUCUCACCUAAAGUUUCUCCUAAGGUCUCUCCCAAAGUCUCACCUAAGCUAUCGCCAACUGAUCCUCUUGUUACGAUCGUCUCAGUUCUUGAGAAGAAGCGAUCUUCUUCUUUAGACAAGUCGAAGGAUAAGGUAGGUUUCAAUUUUGCGGACGUCGUCGGGCUUGGAAUCAAACAGGAAUUGCAGCGACGAGAGAAGGAGAGGCUUAAAGUGCCAGACGACAGUUUGGAGAAGCAAGACAGUAUCGAAAAGAUUCCUUUGCCUGAAAUACCCUCGCUGCCUUUUGAUAUCGAGAAAAGUACACAAAUUUCGCCAAAGCUAAUCGUAUCACCCGAAAAAUCUGAAGUAGUCAAGCCCAAAGCUAUGGAAAAACCAACGAUUCCGGAAAAGACUAAACGAAUCUUGGACAAAAUAGAGUCCAGAUUCACAGAAGCUAAUAAGAAUUCUGCGACUAAAGUUGCUAGACCAAAAAUCAUUGAUACUGGUUUUGAUGAUUUUGUUGACCCAGUUGCUGAUCUUCCACUUGAUGAAGUUCCCGUGAAACCUGCUUUAGAAUUAGAUAGCCUAAAGGUUCCCGAAUUCACUCCCUUCUUGUUGAGACCACAUGCAGAACCUUUGCGUUCAAAGUCUCUCUCAUUGGCAGAGGAAAAAGCACCUAUUGACACUUUAUUGUCCCCUGAUCGCGAAAUUAAACAUUUCGUACAGGAUGUUUCUCCCAAAAAGAUGAAAAAAGCCAAGUCCGAGCCAAAGAAGGACUUUAAGAAGCAAUCCAAGUCUCUGGAAGGUGAUAAACCAACUGUGAAGAAGACUUCUCCUGCCAGUUCAAAGAUAGACAAGUCAAAACUCAAGAUUGGAGAAAUGCCCCAGGAAAUUAUUAUUAUAGAUUCCACUGAUGUGGUACCGGAAGUCAGCAUUGUCCAGAAAACAAGGUCAAAGUCGGUGGGAAGAUUAUCAGACAGUAGAUCUUUAUCAUGUUCUAGAGAUGAAAAGGACGAUAGUAAAAAGACAAAAGGAAAGUCUGCUUCUGUCGAUGAUGAAAUGAUUAAGAGUGCAGGAAAUUUGAAAAGUGACAAGCCAAGGCCAAAGUCCCUUGGAAUUUCUAAGAGUCUGGGAAGCACAGAAAAGAAGGAUUCUGUUGAUAAAGUAUCGCCAAAAAGAUCAGCCUCUAUGAAACAUAGGCCUGAUUCUGGAAAAGAAAUAAUUAUUAUUGAGGGCAUCUCAUCUGACCUUACGAAAUCCCCAAUAAAGAAGAAAGAUAUGAAAAAGGCACCAAUUGUGCAAGAACUUGCGGAAAGUCCCGUUGUUCUGCGUAAACCUGGACAGAGUCCAAUUUUAUUUGCUAGAGCAAAAUUAGGUUUAUCGGAAGGAAGUGGAAUUGGAACCUUGCAACGUCAGGGUGCGACUCAGUCUCCAACUUCUCAGCGUAGAGCAAAAUCACUAGAUGCUCCUGUGAUUGCUCUGCAUAGGUUACCAUCUGUUAAUGCCUUUUCUAGUAAAGAUGACACGGUAGACAUGUCAGAGGAAGCUGAAAAAGACGAAAAGCGGGAGGAAAUUCUGCAACCAGUUUCUAGACAAUCGACUCAGCUUGAAGCUUCACCAAAUCAUAGAUCUGAUAGUACUGAUCAUACGACAAUUCCAGAGAUAUUUACGGACUCUUUAUCAGUGACAGAAACGUCAACACAAUAUUUGGAAUCGCCUUUAACGGAGAACAAUGAAAUAUCAACGUGUCCUGAUCUGAUUCCUUAUGAACAAGAUGUCGAAAUGCAAAUUUCAACUGCUACUGUCGAUGCAUCUGAGUUCAGUCAAUUGAAAGUCGAUUCUUCGACUAGAUUUAUUGAUCAGAGUUCAGUGGAAUCGAAUGGUGAAUUUGAAGAAACUAAAGAGAAAGUAGAAGGGGUAAAAUCUGAUACAGCAAAAGUAGAUAACAAGAAAGAAACUACUUCUCAAUCUGUUCCAGAUGUUGUGCAAGUGAUGGAAGAUAUUUCAGUUGAACUCAAUAAAGAAGAUAUCGUUGCAAGAGUAAUACAGGAAAGGAUUAGAGCGCUAAGCCCCCGAGCUUCGGUUGACAAGGAAGAAGUGCCGAAUGUGACUGUCAGUGUUGUAGAAGGAGGCUACAAAUGUUUGCCCGAACCUUACAACAUCAAUCAAGAUCCUCCGGAUAUGGUUCGGUCGCCAAUACAGAUUUCGAUAGAAGAAUGCUCCGAUGAAGCGAGGUCCAGUGAUGAAGACCCGGAGGUAGUAGAUCAGGAAACCUACCAGAUUGAGGUUCACGAAAAGCGGAGACUAGAUUCUGGAGAUACUAGUGAGGACACUUUAGAUGCAUUAGAUACUCAGGUGCAGGUGCAGGGAGGUGAUAGUGAAAUGAGUUCACCAGAUUAUGGAAUUGACAAAGUUGACGAGAAGACUCUUGUGGAAGUUGAGCUGACUCCAGAGUAUUUGGAGAUGAGGAAGGAGGAGGAAGAAGGCGCUGAGGACCUGCCUGAAGACGAACCAGUUAGCAAAGAAUCUCUCGACACGUUGGAUCUUCAUCGGUUGGGAGUGGACAGGAAAUUGAGGUUAAGCACUGAGAGAUCUAGAAGUGAAGACACCAAUACCUGGACUCCAGAUAGAGAAGAUCCAGAUUCCAGUUCCUGUUCUAUCGCUCGACCUCUUGGCAUUGGUCAGGUGCAGCCAAUUAUUGACAGAAGAGAAAUCGCUAUGAUCAGAGAGUCUCGGAAGGAAGGUUCCAUGGAAGAAGAAAGCAGCAGUAGUUCACAUCUUCAUCCUAAACCAGAGUUGAGUUCAACCUGGAGACCCUUUCCCUUAGAAAGCUCGGGAAGUUCAAGUCUCGAAGAAGGUUGGAUGCCACCGGAUGAUAACAAUCACCAUCAGUCUCAAUCAGAGGAUAGCAACGGUGCGAACGAAGACAGCUUUCAGGAAGAUCUUAUCGACUUCCCGGGCGGUUUCAACUACCCGGUAGGGCCUGAAAUACUCGCUAAUUACGGGGCUUUUUCGUUGUCUCGUACUUUAUCCCGCAUUUCCGAGCGCUCGACGACUUCUGAGCAGGACAAGAGCGACAUGGAGGAUUCAUUUAAACCGAGUUCUAGAUCUCCGAGUAUUGAAGACGAAUCUCUGAUAUCCAGCGAUCACCAACCUUCAUUAUCCUCCGAUCCACCUUCUGGCGCAGCGCAUCCUUCAGUUUCAGAAGACCGUAGAACUUCUUCUGAACUUCCAGACAUUCCGAUCGAUGUUCAAGAUGAUGAUGGAAAGUCUCCAAAAACGAGAAGAGCUAGACUUCAGCUGCAGUCAUCGGAAGACUGGCCUACUCCUCCCAGUUCUCCUCUUUUCGAAACACCAGUUGUUAGUCACGUGGAGACUUUCUACAUGGAAAUCAAACCAGAAGAAGCUGUAAAAGUUACUGUCACUGAUAGCACAGAUACAACAACUGGGAGAGUCGAUCAGGACAGCGAUUCUAGUGACGAAAACAGAACACUUCAUGAAGAUUUGCACUCUGUUUUCCUGGAGGAUGGACAAAGUUCAGCUUCAGCAACAACUAUUGACGGCACUGUCAAGAUUGCCGUAAAACCGAAAUCUAAUAUCACUGGUUCAUCCCACAGCGAAGACACAUCCAUGGGACUUUCGAUGUCCGAGUGGUCGAGCUCAAACAACACCGUUCGUCAGUUUUGUCAAUAUUCUGGUACAAAAUCCGAUGACAAUUCACUCGCAGAGUUAGGAGCUUCCAUCUCCGACUGGUCUGGUAGCACCACCGUCAUUCCUCAACAAUUUUAUGCCAACUUGGCAACAGAGAAAAGCCAGAGUGACACAACAACCUCGGAGAAAAGUGGAACAAGUAUGAGACCAAACUCAAAGUGUCAACAUGUUGAAAGUCCUCCGCUGCCGGAUGAAGAGAACCCAAUGGGGAGUGGUUCCUAUGACAGAGGAAAAAUGAUAGGUGAGGAUGAAGACUCCGGGAAAGAUGAGUUCGACGAGGCUAGAAAAUUUGUGGAGAGUCAGUUUGAUGAGCAUCGUCGACGAUUUGAAGAUGAGACUGGAGCUCAGGCAUUUGUUGAUAUUUCUCCGCCCAAGAUCACUUUUGAAAACGAAUAUGCUGAAACCAUUCGAGAAGACUAUGAUGUACUCCCCGACGUUGUUGAAAUUCCGAAUAUUCCCUGUCCGAUUCCAGAGGAGGAUGAGGAUCAGUUGUACGAUAAUGUACCAGCGAUGAAGUACCCCAGUGUUGAUCAGGUUCGAAUGGAAGUGAUUCGAGGAGACAGUGGCGAAGAUAUGCAUGAAAGAUUUGCAGGCUUGGCUUCCAGGUCGAGAUGUGGUGAAGAGGAAUGGACUUUUGAUGAGCCAAUACAUCCUCAGAAUGCUGAUGUCUCCAAACGAUCUGGAAGAAUCAGUAGAUUUCAUUCUGAACUCAAGGAACAAAAACCUGGAACCAAAUCUACAGAGCGACCUGUGGUUUUUCCUGCCAGAGCAAAGUCAACGCCUUACUAUUCGACGACUAGUUUAAGCGGCGAGUCGACAACUUCUAGUCCUCCAAUGCAGGUCAGGGCGCAAAUCAGAACAAAGACGAUGCCUUAUUCUUCGAAUAGAAGUCCUCAGAGUGAAGGAGACACUUCGUCGAGUAUGGACAGUCCUUCUCACACUCCUGAUAGGGGACAGAGAGCUUUUAGGAGAAAAAGACAGCAGAGAAGACACCGGGCUUCGGUGGAUUUGGAAAUCAAGGUUGGUCAGAUUAUCUCUAGUACUGAUUCCAGCUUUGAUGUCGCGAAUCUUCCACCGCCUCUGCUUCCGGGACAGAGUCUCGACGUUGAAGGUGUUGGUGAUGAAAUGUCCGAUCCUAGGGAUGAAAAAGAGGAGCAGGAGGAAGAUCAGCAAUAA